AAAAUGAUGAAGGAACAGGAAGAUGGGUGGGCGUACGCUCCCAGAAAUCCCCAGAACGUCAAAAGGAAGUGGGGACUUUGAGUGGAAGACUAAUGGAGAGCGUCUACGGUUGUGCCAAAGGAAAAAAAAUGUUCCUAAGAAAAGAGUAUACAAAGUUCUGUUCACCAAAGCCUGGAACCCAAAGGUGUCUCUCCAAAGCUGUAAACGCGAACUGAAAGCAGAAGCAGGUCCCAAGGGGCCAGGCGCCCCCUUCUCCUGGGUCCGCAGGUCAGACAGGAGAACUAGGGCUGACCCACAGGUAAUUCAGCCCUCUCCCAACGCCCGCCGCCGCCGAGGAUCCCACGGAGCCGACCCCCGCUCCCGUCGCCGUGGCGACCGCCGGAGCCACGCAGCACCGCCCCUUCCUCGCGACGUGGCCCCGCCCCCUCAGAACCCGGAAGCGGGAGUCUCGCGCCCGCUGAGCGGCGGUUCGGAAGUGGGGAGCGCGCCGGCCCGAGCUCGCUCGGCCACGCGCCCCGCCCCUCAGAGGCCGGCCUCCUGCUCUCUCCGCACGGCCUGCUGCGCCCGCGAGUCCCGAGCGCUCGGUCGCCCGCCCCGACCGGGGCCCAGCCGCCUCCACGGCUCGCGCUCGUACUGGAGCGAAGAGCGGCCUCUGGAAGGAGGGGAAGGGACGUGGGGGCGGCCACGGCAGAUUAUCGUAGAUGAUGAUGACAGUAAGAUAUGGUCGCUCUAUGAUGCAGGCCCCCGAAGUAUCAGGUGUCCUCUCAUAUUCCUGCCCCCUGUCAGUGGAACUGCAGAUGUCUUUUUCCGGCAGAUUUUGGCUCUGACUGGAUGGGGUUACCGGGUUAUCGCUUUGCAGUAUCCAGUUUAUUGGGACCAUCUUGAGUUCUGUGAUGGAUUCAGAAAACUUUUAGACCAUUUACAAUUGGAUAAAGUUCAUCUUUUUGGCGCUUCUUUGGGAGGCUUUUUGGCCCAGAAAUUUGCUGAAUAUACUCACAAAUCUCCUAGAGUCCAUUCCCUAAUCCUCUGCAAUUCCUUCAGUGACACCUCUAUCUUCAACCAAACUUGGACUGCAAACAGCUUUUGGCUGAUGCCCGCAUUUAUGCUCAAAAAAAUAGUUCUUGGAAAUUUUUCAUCUGGCCCGGUGGACCCUAUGAUGGCUGAUGCCAUUGAUUUCAUGGUAGACAGGCUAGAAAGUUUGGGUCAGAGUGAACUGGCUUCAAGACUUACCUUGAAUUGUCAAAAUUCCUAUGUGGAACCUCAUAAAAUUCGGGACAUCCCUGUAACCAUUAUGGAUGUGUUUGAUCAGAGUGCACUUUCAACUGAAGCUAAAGAAGAAAUGUACAAGCUGUAUCCUAAUGCCCGAAGAGCUCACCUGAAAACAGGAGGCAAUUUCCCAUACCUGUGCAGAAGUGCAGAGGUGAAUCUUUAUGUACAGAUACAUUUGCUACAAUUCCAUGGAACCAAAUACGCAGCCAUUGACCCAUCAAUGGUCAGUGCCGAGGAGCUUGAGGUACAGAAAGGCAGCCUUGGCAUCAACCAGGAGGAGCAGUAGUGUGUGUCUCGCUGUCAAUGAUGAGUUGACCCGGUGUGUUCUCGUAUAGUCAGUGGCAUCAGCGCCCGCCAGCCGGCCUUUUCCUUCAGGUUCGUCAGGCUCACCGGUUCUCACUGUGUCUGGGAAGUAGGACUGAUGGUCAUCUUCGUGACAGGCAGCAGCUCCACUAAGCCUGAGCAAGUGUUCCCUCUUGGUUUUCUUAGCUUUUGAAUUUGAAGAAGUACUUUCGAAGAUUCCCAUUUUAAGAACCAUGCAAAUUUUGCUACCAAAAGUCUUCACCACUGUGUUCUUAAAUGAAUGUUAACUUCUGAGGUUUGGAACUUUGUGGUGUUUUUUCCUUCUUUUCUUUUCCAUUCUUCUUUCUUUCUUUUUAUGUUGUUUGCUGUAAAUGCUGCACAUCCAGAUUGCAUAUUGGGACAUUGGUUAUUUUAUGCUUUCUUGGAUAUAACCAUGAUCAGAGUGCCAUGGCCACUACCCCACUGUUUGCUCUCCUGCAAAUCAACUGCUUUUAAUUUACACUUAAGCAAAUUGUUUUGAGUGUUAGCUACUGCCUUUCUAGCUAUUACAGUCAUUUGGAAUAAAAAUUCAGUUUCACUGA